GCCCUGGUGUAGUUGCAAUCGAGGAGCAAUGGUGCUUGGAGUAUAUCUAGGCUUCGAUGUUUUGGGGAACUCAAUUUACCAUUUAGAACACAAGGAAAAUUAUAAAUUUCGGGGAAUAUGAACAAGGAGGCUAUUCCCUGUAGGACUGCUUCAUUGAAAUUCACUAUUGACAAUAUUCUUAAUCUGAAGCAAAACAACAAGAGCAAUUUAGACGCAUAUGAUGCAAAAGGACAGAGCGACACCAGGUGUACAAAUUAUUUUACACCCCGAUAUGAGGACUACGAUGUUCAGAGAAGUCAUGCGUCAGACUACACAACCCACGAAACAGCGCAAACAAACAGCGCCCACCACGAYGCAGCUUGUGUGCGUUCAGUCUGUGCGGAGGACGUCGACGCAACGAAGAUGAUUGACACUUGUCCAAGGACAGAGAGUACGAGCAGCUGCGACSACGUAUCUGAGCAACAUGAAGGAAACUCGAAAACCAACGCAAUGGCAAAGAAGAAAACACGCACUAUAUUCUCCAAGAGGCAGAUUUUUCAGCUGGAAUCUACCUUUGACAUGAAAAGAUACCUGAGCAGUGCAGAACGGGCAUGUCUGGCGAAUUCCUUACAACUUACCGAGACUCAAGUGAAAAUUUGGUUCCAGAAUCGCCGGAAUAAGUUGAAGCGACAGCUAUCCACCGACAUCGAAGGACCAGUUCCAGUCGACCACUUUUCAGAUUCYGGGAAAAAUKUGCAAUUACCAACUAUUUACAAAGAUCGCAACAUAUUGGGUGGAUGUUUACUACCAAUGCCUUUCCCUGUUAUGUAUCCAGGAAACAGCGCGCCUUACAUUUAUUUCUCAAACGCUGGUAAAUAUUUUAGCAUUUUCGAUGCAGACGGUUGACUUUUAGGGACGUAGCCAACUCUGGAAAGCGCUACCCAGUCGACAUCCAUGCCAGUCAAAAUCGUUUGGAAUUAGAGCGCCAACUGACACGCGUUAGUAAUGUUUUUAUWAUUUUUUAACUUCAUUUUCAAGGAUGUUAAUACAAAUGAAGCAUCACUGAAUAUGCCCACUUUUUUCAGUGUACACACAUAUUAAUAGGCCUUUCAGUUUAUGGUAGCUCUCGUGACAUUUGCGUCAUUGACCAAAGCACGACAUGCAUGUGCCAAGUUUAGUCCUUCACAAUUGCAAAACAUUUAGUUAGUACAACGUUAUAUGGUUUCGAGUUGAAUUAAAGAAUUUGGCACAAGGGGAGCCUAUAUUGUCGAGAUAGCCUACACGUUAGUAUUAUUUUAUAUUAUUAUAAAGCAUUAUCAUUAUUUUUCAUAUUCUUCACACAGUUAUUUCGUCUAUGAAUACACACCAUACCAAAGUAGGAUCUAUGCAUGAACUAUUGGACUUUGAUCCAUAUUAUUUUGUACAUUAAUGGCAUUUGAAUGAAUGUAUGUUUAUGCUUUGCUUGGUAUUUGAUGUUUGAACCAUUGCUUCACUUUAUUAGACCAACGUUAUUAUCAGCACCGUUAGUUGUUACUUGCUUCCUAUAGUUCCAUAUAAGAUUUUCUUACUAUUAUAGCUAUACUMUGUCUUGAAUUGUUGACAUAUCUUUCUCUCUGUGAAGUCGUAUUAGCGUUUAAUUUAUAUGGCCUUACCUUUGCAGUUCCAUGUUCAUUUGAAAUACAGUAUUUGUCUAAAACUAUUUCAUCUUAUUAUCUAAAAGCAUUUCAAAUGACAGAUUAUAAAGCUGUUGACUUAUAUCAUGAAGAUGAUAAUAUGCAAUAAAAAUGUUGUAACGUU